AUUUUCAUCCGAAGAUCCGAUUGACUUUCACACAUCAGCCGGUUUUUGGCAAUCUGAUAAACAAUAAAUUUUAAACAUAACAUCGAAGUAGAUAGAUAACUUUCGCAACAUGCCUAAGGAUAAAGUUAAGAUUAAUGUCAAAGAUCGUUUAGAGGACAAUGUCUUAGAUCUGAGUUUAUCAGAAAUUGAACAUGUUCCAGUCAAAGAUAUCGCUACAGUCAAGCGUGCGACUGUUCUUGAUUUAUCAAAUAAUAAUAUUAAAUUUCUUCCGAAAAACUUUGGCACAUAUCUCACUCAUUUAACAAGAUUGGAUCUAAGCAAAAAUCAAUUAAAGUUCCUUACAGAUGACUUCGGUAAUCUAAUCAAUCUGAAACAUCUGGAUUUGUAUAACAAUCAAUUAGAGAGCCUUCCAGUUACUUUUGGCCAUUUAAUUAAACUUCGCUACUUAGAUAUGAAAGGAAAUCCACUUCAACCAGCAUUACUAAAAGUUGUUGGUCCAUGUCUUACAUCUAAAGAUUGUCUAGAAGCUGCAAAACAAGUAAUUCCAUUCAUGAAGGUUCUAGAAGCCGAGUUCCUUCGCGAUCAGAAAAAGAAAGAAGAGGAAGAACAGCAAAGAAAGGAAAAAGAAAUUCAAGAAGAACGUAACAGAGUUUGGCAAGCAAAAAAAGCAGCUCGAAAGGAGCGAAUUAUGCGUGAAAGACAAGAGAAACUUGAGAUGAAAACAACUGACGUAAACGUUGCUCAAAAAUCUUCUUAUAAUGAAGUAACGGAGAAGACCGAAAAGAUCAUACAAAAUCAAUCUAAAAUAGUCUUAAAGACUGAUUCAAAACGCUCAUGUUUCAUUCGAUUGCUGACAACUUUCUUUAUUGUUCUAAUCAUUUUUUCAUUAACAUUUAUUGUCUCAUUCAAAUUCUUUCCAAAUUUAAGCAAUGAAAUCCUUACACUUCUCCCAGAGGAUCAACAAUAUGUGUUCAGAUAUUUUUAUCAAAAAUCUAGCGAAAUGAUUUCAAGUUUCUUUCAAAAAGCUUUAAGUUUGUAUGAAAAAUAAAAUUUCUAUAUCUCAAUUUAAUAAAAUUAUAUGAAAAAAAAUUGAAUUAAACUUUUAUUUUCUUUAAUGAUGAAAAAUAAAUCAUCGCAAUUGAUAUCAAGGGACACUUAAAGAUAACAUGAAUCGAAAAAGAUAAAAAGCUGUUUAACCAAUUUAAAAGCGUUUAAAAAAUCAUUUGUCUUUGGUCUGUUAAGUCUUUGAAGAAC